AUGAGACCAGACUCUUCGUCGUCCCGUGCCCGUCGUAAUCCUGACGACUGGCGUAUGCGCGAUGACAAUCAAACUUCGCAUGACCGAUACAAUCAUGACAACUACGGUCGCAUCGGUAGGGAUGACUAUGAACCCGAACCCCACUAUAACAGUACCGGUAAACCUUAUGGGCAUGACCAUGGCUACUCAGCACCAUCGUAUCCAGAGUCCUCUUCAUGGAACAGCCGUUAUGAGAGGCACGAGAGGUACAAUGCUUGGUCAGCAGACGAACCUCCACCGGCACAGCAGGACAACAGAAAUCGCUCUAGGUACUCAAAUGAUAGGGCAGAUGAAGGAUGGUCGAGGGCUGAGCGUAGGAACGGCGGUGGUGGAGAAUGGCGGCGUGGUUCGAACUGGGAACAGCGCCCGCCCGAAGGUCAAUCCCCCACACGGGGCGAUCCGCUUCCUCGCCAGUGGGCUGAUUCUCAUGCCGAGAGCUCUCGAAAUGGAGACAGAAACGUGGAUGAUCGUUCAUGGGAGCCCUCCGCUUCAUGGCACCCCAAUAAUCAGCGUAACGGGUCUCAAGGUCAACGAAAUCAUAACCUGGGUAAGAAUAACCAGCAGAACAAGGGCGGGAAAAAGCGGAACAACCGUCAGAAGCGAGACUGGCGCGGGGAUGAUGGCCAAUUGAACAAUUGGACUCGGAGGGACAAUCAGAAACUGCCGAUCAAAAACAACCGCCCUCUAGCCAAACGCCAGCCGCGUCGAUCUCCUUCGAGAGGACGUUCGCGGUCUCCGGCAGAGUCCUACUACUCCAAAAGAUCAUCGCGAGGUCGCUCACUAUCGUCUUCGGAUUCAUUGCGUCGUCGUCGCAAGGACAGUAGCCGCCCCAUUCGUCGCAGUCCAAGCCCUAUCGAUCGUAACCGGAAGAAGAAUGGUUACAUCCCGAGACGAUAUUCCAAGUCUCGCUCUCCUCCUUCCACGCGGAGUCCCAGCAUAGACAGCCGAGGUCGGGUUCGUCGUCGCAGUGCGUCAGUUACCACGAGUACCAGCAGGAGUCGCACUCGCAGUCCUAGUCAAAGCCCUAAGGAGCGACCUCGUGCAGUCCAUCGUUUGCCUACGACCACGCGACCCGCUCAGAUUGCGCUGGAACUGAGUCAGCAAUGGAAAUCGAAACGAAAACCCAAUAGUCGCAAGUUCAUUGAACGUGAAUCAUUCGCGGAUUCGAAGGAAUAUGAGCAGCGUAGGCCCCCUCAGACGCCGCCCAAGCGGCAUGACUCCAGCCUUAGCCAGACCUUGGCCACACCGCUGCUGAACAAACCGACGACGAGCAUCGAUACUGCCGCUGUGCGCUCUGCGGAUAGCUCGCCACUGGAGCCCAAGCUUCUUGCAUCCUCCGCUCCUCGCAUAACCACCACCAAGAACGCUGGUUUCAAACCCAUCGGUCAACCGAGUCACUCCAACUCCUCGUUGAAGCGAUUCUUCCCUGACGAUGACGACGAACUCGAGCCUCCGCUCUCUGCGCGGCAGCCGCCAACUACGGUGCCCUCAUUGUCGUCGUCUCGUUUUGUGCCAUCAAGUCAAACUGCUGGGCCUUCAACACCUAAACGUCGCUCUCCUGCGUCCAAUGGUAAUGCUUCAGUCCACUCUCCGCUAGUGGAGAAACAUUUCGUCGCAAAUGUUUCGCCGUCGAAGGACGCCUCGCCAUCGAAGCAGCACAGACAUUCUACCGACCAACAUGAUGUUCGCAAAGACACCACCGUCCUUCCGGCCCUGCCACAAGAAAUACCAAAGCGGCCAGUGGAGCGCAGCUACCAGGCUCCGGUUGACGAUGGAGGACAGAGUGACAGUGUGGUAUCUCAGCCUCCAUUAUCGCAGCACGAACGAGACAUCGUUACCACCGCGAUCACGCGGCCUUCCACUCCAGUGAAAUAUGGUGUGUACGAAUGCUUGAACCAAGUCGGCGAAGGCACAUUCGGUCAAGUUUGGAAGGCAAGGAAUACCCGGGAUGGCAGAUUCGUCGCGCUGAAGAAGAUCCGCAUGGAGGCUGAGCGGGAUGGCUUCCCGGUGACGGCGAUGCGGGAGAUCAAGCUCCUCCAAUCGCUGCGACAUGAAAACAUCAUACGAUUAUACGAGAUGAUGGUGUCCAAUGGCUCUGUCUUCAUGGUCUUCGAGUACAUGGAUCAUGAUUUGACCGGCGUGUUGUCCCAGACACAAUUUUCCUUCACCGAUGCGCACCUGAAGUCCUUCUGCAGGCAGAUGCUCGCUGGCCUUGCCUACCUACAUCACAAGGGGGUCAUCCACCGUGACAUCAAGGGUUCGAACAUCCUGAUCAACAACCGCGGAGAGCUAAAGUUGGCGGACUUUGGCCUUGCACGUUUUUACCAAAAACGCCGCAGGAGCGAUUACACUAAUCGCGUUAUUACCCUGUGGUAUCGCCCUCCGGAGUUGCUUUUGGGUACGACUGUCUAUGGUCCUGAAGUCGACAUGUGGAGCGCAGGCUGUAUCAUGCUGGAGCUUUUCACCAAGAAGCCAGUUUUCCAAGGCAAUGAUGAGAUCCAUCAGCUCGACGUGAUCUACAAAAUUCUCGGUACGCCUGUGGUCGAGAAAUGGCCCGGCAUGACGAGCCUUCCAUGGUAUGAGCUCGUGAAACCCAGGGAGACGAUACCCAAUCAUUUCAGACAAUUGUUCGAAAAAUGGCUUUCUCCUGCUGGGCUUGAUCUGGCGGAGCGUUUGUUAACUUAUGAUCCUGCACGACGCGUAACAGCCGUACAAGCCCUCGAGGCGCCUUACUUCAAUCAGGAACCGCCUUCACCCGCUGCACCUGUCACACUUUCUUCUAUGCAGGGUGAGUGGCAUGAAUUCGAGGCCAAGCGUGAGCGGGCGAGAAAGAGGAGACGACUGGACGGUUGA